AUGGAAAGGGUGCGAACGAAAAGGACUGCUCGCAGAGGACAAAAUACCCGAAUUGUCAGAAAGGCCACCGCAAUUCUCAACGCUGCGGAUGUGAUUCAAAUCGAGGCCAUAGCAAUAAAGCUUGAGGUAAAUUAUGAAGAACUCAAGAAGCUGAACACCGAGCUCGAGCCCUUCAUUGCUGAUGGAGAUCUCGAGAACGAAUACCAGUCGUUAAUUGAGUACGAGGAAGAAACGACCCACACCUUGAGCAUGCUUCAAAGUCGAGCAGUGCAACUACGUUCUGGUGAACCAGCGCGACCAUCAACAUCGGCAAUAGCCUCGCGAAGCGAAGAACGAAGACGGAGCGGUAUUAAACUACCGAAGUUGCAGCUGCAAUCCUUUAAGGGCGAGCUUGCUGAGUGGCAGCCAUUUUGGCAACAAUUCAAGCGUGCCAUUCACGAAAACGGAGAGCUGUCAAGCGGCGAGAAGUUUCAAUACUUAAGGACGCUGGUUAGUGGACCCGCCAAGGCAUCUAUCGAUGGUCUCCAAGUGACGGAUGCGUGCUACAACGACGCAAUUGAAAUCUUAGCUAGACAGUUUGGAGACUACAAGCGAAUCCAGCAAGACCACCUUACAAAGCUUCGAACGCUUCCGAGUGUCAACUACUCAAACGACACCAAGGGUUUGAGGAGACUUUACGAUCAGGUGCAAACCCACAUCCGCGGUCUUCAUGAACUUGGUGUCAGCUCAGACAGCUACUCGACCAUGCUGAUGGACAUUGUCAUCAAGGCUCUUCCAUCUGAAAUAGUGGUGGAUUUCUAG